CGAAUACAAAGGUUCCGGCUCCAAACCGGAAUCUGUUUAAGUUUCGUUUCUCUGUGAAGGCUCGCGCCUCCCACUGAUGCAGUUAAAUAGGAGUGGGAACCAGCUUUGGCAUCAUUAGAGACAGCAAUGGACUGGGCAACCCUUGUAGGAGUGGCAGCAGGAGCAGCUGGAACGGUGGCAUUAGCCCCAGCUGUGUUGACAGCAGCGGGUUUCACAGCCGGUGGCAUAGCCGCAGGAUCCGUCGCCUCUUGGAUGAUGUCUACCGCCGCUGUGGCUAAUGGUGGAGGGGUGGCGGCUGGCAGUGCUGUUGCCGUCCUGCAGUCUGUUGGGGCAGCCGGCUUGUCUGGCGUUGCUACAACAGCCAUGGCAUCUCUAGGAGGUGUGGUGGGUGGAGCCAUUGCAGAAGCUAUCGCACAGAACAGCACAGCCUAAAUCGUGGACUACAUAAUUCGAUGGCGAGGUAAUGGAUCCUCUGAAGACAGUUUCAUGGUAACAUGUUAACCUGACGUCUUUGAUCUACAUGAAGGAAAAUGUGUGCUGUACCUCACAUUGUGUCACCGCACUAAUAAAACAGUGAUCGAAACA